GACAGGGAGAUCCCCCUGGGUUCUAGGACUCUUCCGUCAUAAUGGAAAUUAAAGGGAGCAACUGCCAGCAUCCUAAGAGUAGGAGGAAAAAGAGCGCCUUGGAGCCGCUGACCUGGGUGGGGUCUUGGCUCUUCUCCGUGGCCGUGGGACGUUGGGUUGGCCCCUGAACUUGUCUGAACCCUCACCUUGACAGUUCUAGUCAGCGUUUACAAGGCGCCUGGCUCCUUGUUGAGCACUUCACACCCAUCAUCUCAUUUGGUCUUGACACUAAGUCUACGAGGGUGACGAUGCACAGAAAGGUGAAGCACCUUGCCCAAGGUUACGUGGCUGGUGGGGCCAAUUCUGACCUGGCAGCCUGCCAGGAGAGAUUGUCCUCUCGUCUCUCACGGUGCUUGGGAUCGGGAUUACGUACCUGCAGCACCCUGUGCCGAGGGUCUGCAAUGGGGUCUGUGCUCACUGAGUGCAACCUGUCAGUAUUUCAUUAGGGAGGACACUUGAGCUGAGGGAAGAAGUCUAGGAAGGCUUCCUGGGGGAGGUGCUAUUUUUGCUGGGCCCAGGCAGCAAAGCUACAGGGAGAAGGCGGGUGAGGUGGAAGGAAGUGUUAGAGAGAAAGCCAGGGUGGGAGAGUCCAUGUCCACCCAGAAGAUGGGGAAUCUGGCCUGUUGGCCUGAUUGAGGGGUGACAGGUGUAAGACGGUCUGUGAGUGUGUUUCUCAUCUUUUUUACGGGGGACCUGCAGAGUGCUUUUGUUUGUCUAAACAAUUUUCAGUUAUCCACCAACAUUUGAGAAUCAAGAGCGUUCGCAGGCGUUUGAAGAUCUAGAAAUGCUGGAUGACAGCAGGUGGCCAGUGGGGCAGUGGCUGGAGUGCUCCUCAUCUCUCUCAGGGUUCCUUCGCUCUGGAGUGAGAGCUUCAUCUGUGCUUCAUCUCGUGGAAGCUUCAUGGCACAUCUGCAGGUGCUGUUGUCGUCCUCCAUCUUACUGGAGAGGAAACUGAGGCACAGAGGGACCCAGACAUGGAGCUGCGGGAAGAGGCCUGGUCUCCGGGGCCGCUGGAUUCCGAGGACCAGCAGAUGGCCAGUCAUGAGAAUCCAGUGGACAUUCUCAUCAUGGAUGACGACGACGUCCCCAGCUGGCCCCCGACCAAGCUGUCCCCACCCCAGUCGGCGCCCCCGGCCGGCCCCCCGCCCCGACCGCGGCCGCCUGCCCCCUACAUCUGCAACGAGUGCGGCAAGAGCUUCAGCCACUGGUCCAAGCUGACGCGGCACCAGCGCACGCACACGGGCGAGCGGCCCAACGCCUGCAGCGACUGCGGCAAGACCUUCUCGCAGAGCUCGCACCUGGUGCAGCACCGGCGCAUCCACACGGGCGAGAAGCCCUACGCGUGCUCCGAGUGCGGCAAGCGCUUCAGCUGGAGCUCCAACCUCAUGCAGCACCAGCGCAUCCACACGGGCGAGAAGCCCUACGCCUGCCCCGACUGCGGCCGCAGCUUCACGCAGAGCAAGAGCCUGGCCAAGCACCGGCGCUCGCACAGCGGCCUCAAGCCCUUCGUAUGCCCGCGCUGCGGCCGCGGCUUCAGCCAGCCCAAGAGCCUGGCGCGCCACCUGCGGCUGCACCCUGAGCUUUCGGGGCCCGGCGUGGCGGCCAAGGUGCUGGCGGCCAGCGUGCGCCGGGCCAAGGCGCCCGAGGAGGCGGCGGCGGCGGACGGCGAGAUCGCCAUCCCGGUGGGCGACGGCGAGGGCAUCAUCGUGGUGGGCGCUCCGGGCGAGGGGGCCGCGGCGGCCGCAGCAGUGACGGGCGCGGGGGCCAAGGCGCCGGGGCCCCGCUCGCGGCGCGCGCCGGCCCCCAAGCCGUACGUGUGCGUGGAGUGUGGGAAGGGCUUCGGGCACGGGGCCGGGCUCCUGGCCCACCAGCGCGCCCAGCACGGGGACGGGCUCGGGGCGGCGGGGGCCGAGGAGCCGGCGCACAUCUGUGUGGAGUGCGGCGAGGGCUUCGUGCAGGGCGCUGCGCUGCGGAGACACAAGAAGGUCCACGCCGUGGGCGCGCCUUCGGUCUGCAGCGGCUGCGGACAGAGCUACUACCGGGCCGGCGGGGAGGACGAGGACGACGACGAGGCGGGUGGCCGGUGCAGCGAGUGCCGCGGCGGGGAGGGCCGGUAGGGGCGGAGGCCCGGGGGGGCAGGGCCCCUCGGGCUUGGCGGGGACGACGGCAGGACCCAGAGACCCGGGGAGACACGGACAGGGGGGUGCCGCGGGCCGGCGGCGGCGUGCGGGCUCCUUCCCUUCCCCGGGGCGCGCGGUCC